GGUCGCGCGGGAGUCCCUUAAGGGUCUGAGUGGUGUCACCUGCAGUCGGUGGCCCCCCUGAGUUGGCGUCUCCUGCCGCAGAGGCCCAGGCCCGCUCGGUGAAGGCAGCGCUGCGCUUCCAGGGCUACCCUAGGCGCGCGCUGGCACAGCUCCCUGACGACGGCUCCCAGGGCGGCCGCGAGCUGCUGCUGGCCCUGGCCUGGCUCCUGGCCCGCGGGCCGACGCUCGAGCAGCUGCUGGCCCAGAGCCGGGUGCGGCUGGGCGACGAGAUGCCAGUGUGCGAGUGUGAGUCCCUGGCCAGCCCAGGCCCAGCUGUACCCAGUGUGGAAGCAGACGGCUGUGUGGACAUCCGCCACCUGCAGUGGCUGAUGGGAAAGCUGCGGUUCCGGUGGCGAAAGCUGAUGGCCAGUCAGCAGGAGCAGUGUGCCCUCCUGGGCAAGAUCCACUCAUACACCCGCGGCUGCCACAGUGACCGUAGCCUUGGCCACCUGUCUGUCACUGAAACGGAGCUGCUCAGGGACCCGGAGGGUGGCCAGCAGCUGCUGCAGAGGCUGGAGCGUGAGAAUGUGCGCCUGGAGGCGGCCCUGGAGUGGCGGCGCCGGGAGCUGGUCUUCUGGCAGUGGAUGGACACAGUCCUGGGCGCCUGCCCCCCGGAGGCCUCACAGCCCACGUUUCUGCCCAAGAUCCCCGCGCAGGGGGCUGCAGAGUUGGAGCUGGUGGUGCGGGAGCUGCAGGCUCUGCAGGAGGAGCUGCAGGGAGUGGCGGAGACCCGGUGGGCGGCCUGGGAGGCCAGGGUUGGAGGCCACGGGCCGGAGUGGAGCGCCUCAAGGCGGGCCUUGCAGGAGGCCGUGAGACAGGACCUGGUGGCUCUGCAGUGGGCCUGGGAGCGAGGAGGGGGCCUGGCCCAGCCCCAUGGGCCCCACCGGCUGGUGAGGACUGAGGCUGGGGCCCCUGAGGGCCGGGGCCUGCAGGCCACUGAGGUGAUUGAGGUUCUAAGGAGCCGGGAGGCCUGCCUGGAGGUGGUGCUGGGCCAGCUACAAGGUCAGUGUCGGCAGGAGCUGGCCAGACUGGUGGGAACCCUGCCUGGCCUCAUCUGGAUCCCACCGCCUGGACGCUGAGGGCCGGCAGCGCAUCCUUCCUCGGGGCACCGAGCCUGCUCAGCCUGGCUGGGCCCUGAGGGACAGAUUCCAGGGCUGGGUGGCUGCUGAGGUAACACAGACUCACAGCCCAGUGUGCUCACUCUGGGCCCUGGGGCUGGUCCCACUUGGCCUGCAGUACUGGGGGCAGGCCUGGGCUAUCCCCUCUGAGGAGACCAUGACAGGCCCAUUGGGGUGGCUGCGGGCAUUCAGGAUCCAGAGAGGACCCAGAAAUAAGAUGUGGAGACCUCCUUGCAGGGGUGAGGCUCCUGGCUGUCCCUCUGCCCCCUUUUGGGGGGUGCUGCCUUCAGGCCAGGGGCAGUGGUGGCUGAGGCUGGGCUGGUCCAGGGCUGCCUGGAUGCUGGAGGGACAGGCAUGGCCUGCAGCUUAGGGUGGGCUCAGCCAGGGCCCUCGGGGAGGAGAUGGCCCUGGAUACCCCCUGGACCCUUCAUCCCGACACCCUCACACCCUGCCUGGGCCAUGCCUGUGCUUGGGAGGGGGUGUGGUGGGAGGCAGGGUCACCUGAUGGGAGCCUGGAGUGGGGACGGUUUCUCCUUUCCUGGGGUGGCACCCUGAGGGGGAGGGGGAGGCCACUGUGUACAGAGGGGGCUUUGUUCCCUAGCCUGCCUGGGGAGCUGGGCUCUGCUCUGACAAAGAGCCAUCUGUGUCCAGGGGAUGUGUCCCCAGCCUGCCAGAACAGGCCCCUCUCCAUCCCAGGAGGCUGGGAGUCCCAGCGCCCACCCCUGACCCCAGCAGACACAGGCAGCCUCAGCCCUGCCUCCCUGGCCAGGCUCCCCUCUUACCAGGUCAGUCGAACCCCUACCAGCUGCUGAACAGGCGAAGGAGCCCGUCAGCCACCUACUGCUCAGGCCAGAGGCGACUUCCAGCCCCCACCCACCCCCAGCCUUCCCUCACCGGCUUUUCCUGGCUGCCUGGGAGUGUGAUGGCUCGCACCCAGGCACCAGCUCAGGCGCCAGCCCGACUUGGCCAGUCUGGCCCUCCUUUGUCCAAGGGUUGGAGCAGAGGACACCCCUGUGGAGCUUCUGCACUGUCCUUGGCCUCAGGAGCGCAUCCCUGAUCCUCUCCUCAUGGGGCUGGCCCCAGAGAGCCCCUGGGCCCAUGCCCACCCCUCCUGGCCAGAGCCGUUCCCUCCACGCCCCUGGCUCCCCUUCCCAGCUCCUCUUAAGGGCUCCCUGCUGGUCCCAGUUGGGGUCCAGGGCACCGGGACCCUGGCCCUCUGCCUGCAGCCCUUGGAGUGUUUGACGCCACUUCUGGACCCCUCCCUGCUAUGCCCUCAGCCAUCCUCCUGACUGCUGGACAGAAACCUCAUCCUGGAAAUGAGUCCACCUAAAACUCUGCCUUCUGUGGACUCUGUGGAGCUGAGACGGCCACUGGCCCUCGGGAACCUGACUUUCAGAAACUCAGCAUCAUGGAGCUGUCACUUCUCAGAUCAACCUGUAGGUUCAGUACAAUUCCAGUCAAAAUCCCAAGCAUGUCUGUGGGAGUUCAGCUGGUGAUUCCAAAGUGCACGAGGUGGCACCGGCCUGAGAGGCCAAGCCCAUGGGAAGCAGUGGCCGCAGAGGAGCAGGGGCCUCCCGAGGCGACAGGCGGCAGGCCUGGGCCCGCACUGUCCCCACAGUCAGUGGCUGGAGAAGUGCGGAAGUUGUUUCGCUGUGGAUAAA